AUGGCUGGCUGGGGCACAGAUGAUACCGGCCUCAUUACCCUACUGGUGCAUCUGUCGGAGCGACAUCGUCGUGAUUUGGUGGAUAAGUAUAGGGAGAUCAAGAAUGGUGGAGACAUCUACGAGGCUAUCGAAGGCGAUACUAGCGGUGACUACAAACACGCUCUGCUGGCGCUUGUGAAGCCGCCUCCCAAGGUCUGGGCCGAAGCAAUUUUGUCCUCGAUGAAGGGCCUGGGAACAUCUGACAACCUUUUGAUCAACUGGAUGUGCAUCGCAAAAGAGCGCAUGGACGAGGUCAGAGCGUAUUUCCAGGAGCUUGGUGCUGGUGACCUACCGGCCUGGAUUGCCAGUGAAUGUGGCGACAGCGACUACAAGGACACUCUCAUUCGGCUGGCCAAUCGACGCUGCGAGCGCUUCGCUGGUCAAGAGGUCGGUCUUAGCAUUGCGCCGCCGCUGACCAAAGAGGAUGCCGUUCUCAAGUUCACCACAACUUUCAACAAGCUGUGCAAACGUCGACGGGAGACGAGCGGCAACAUCAUUCCAGGUGAGGAGGACCAGCAGGCCAUGGGAAAUGCCUUUUUGUACCACGGCUCGCUGUCCAGCUGCGCCCCUAAUCUGGAUAUUCCAGGUCUCUGGGACUUGACAAAUGCAUGUGGCUUCCCGCCUGGAGAUAAUGGUCCAGACUUGGUGGCAACAUUCCAUCAGUGGGAUGUGAGUGGCACGGGUGAGAUCACCUGGAAUGAUUUCGUGCGUGAAAUGACGACGCGUGUCAACGAUCCUAGCCAUUUCAAUGCUGAUCCACUCCCUGAGACGCUGGACAUGAUCUCUAUUCCAGAUGCGCCUUUGGGUGAUGGCUACAAGGACCACAUGAACGUUUACCACGCCUGUGACGAUGAUUACGAGGAAUAUGAUGAUGACGGUGCAACUGCGCCAGCGCCCGAAGAAGCGAUCGAUAUGUAUGCAGCCUUUACGGAUGGCAGCUGGAAAGAUGUGCUUGCCGGCAUAAAGCCCACAGAGGAUGGAGGCCUUCUUUCCGGGCCCUGGGGCGAAUGCAUUGCAGCUGCUGUCAAAGUGGAGUGCACAGAGGACUGGCAGGGCCGCUUUGAUGAUGCUCCGGUGGGAUUGGUGAUUGACUACAUGUGUUCACUGGGCCACGAAGCCUUGGCUGGCAUGGCGGAACAGAAGGAACAGGCCUGCAAAGCAGCUCUGUGA